AUGUCUGAUUAUAAGUUUGAGGGUUGGAUGGGCUUGGAUGCUUCCGCCGCCGAGGGAAAGAUGACGUGGCGCGAGUUCGAACCAAAGAUCUGGGAGGAGACCGACAUUGACAUCAAAGUCACGCAUUCUAGUAUAUGCGGCUCUGACUUACACGCUAUGAAAUCUAGCUGGGGUCCUGCUCGUUAUCCCAUCGUGGUUGGACACGAGAUUGUCGGCAUAGCUGUUCGGGUCGGCUCAAAGGCCGGGGAUCACGUCAAGGUUGGCGACAUUGUUGGGGUUGGCGCACAGGCUGAUUCGUGCCUGAAUCGAAACAACAAAGCGUGCCAAGAAUGCUCCGAUGGUGCCGAAAACUACUGCACUGAUAAAGUGUACACAUACGGGGGCUCCCCACAUCGCAACGGCGGACCGAAUUAUGGCGGCCACGCCCUCUAUCACCGUUGCCCUGCUCAUUUUGUCAUCAAGAUUCCAGCCGAUCUAGCACUCGAGAAUGCUGCGCCCAUGCUUUGUGCCGGCAUUACCGUCUUUUCCCCGCUCAAAGAAUUUGGUGCUGGUCCUGGAACAAAGGUUGCCGUCAUUGGCGUCGGAGGACUGGGACACUUUGCCGUUUUGUUCGCAAAAGCUCUCGGAGUGGACAAAGUGGUUGGACUCUCCCGCCAAGAAAGCAAAAGAAAAGAAUGCUUGGCAUUGGGAUGCGACGACUACAUUGCUACAGACGAGACGCCGGAAUGGUCUGCAAAAUACGCUCGCCAGUUCGAUUUGAUCAUCAGUACAGUGGCGUCUGCCAAGAUUCCCUUUGCGGAUUAUCUCAAUCUGCUCAAACUUGAUGGCACCUUGGUACAAGUCGGGAUCCCUGAAGAACCCAUGCCAUUCCAUCCAAUGACUUUGGGCAGCUUCCGGCGCCGAAUUGCUGGCUCCGCCAUCGGUAGCCCCGGAGAGAUUCGAGAGAUGCUGCAACUUGCUGCUGAGAGGAAAAUCCAGCCAUGGGUUGAGCUUCGGCCCAUGAAAGACGCUAAUCAAGCCAUGAUCGACAUGGACGCCGGCAAGGCCAGAUUCCGCUACGUCCUUGUAAACUGA